CUCCUUUUCUAAUUAGUUAACUGAUCCUAUUUUUUUCCUUCUAAAAUUUCUUACAAACUAUACAUCGUCAAAAACACCAUCCAGAGAUUGCUUUCCUCUAACCCAUCUUCCUAAAAUUCUCUCUCUAAAAUUCUCUCUCUUUCUCUCUCUCCCCCUUUUGAGUUGGUCUUUCUUUCAGAUUUCGAUCACUUACCCAACUCACAAAGACUCAAUCUUGCAACCCCGUUUAACUUAUUUUUGCUUCGGCAUCUUCUCAAAUUCCCAGUUAAUUUUCAACACUUCACGUAAGCUGCUUUUACCUCUUAUGUUGCGUUGGCCUUGUUAUUCGUACUUACUUUUGCCCAACAAAUUUUUCCUAAUUUUUAUAAUUUUAGGGGCGGGCAAAGACUUAAUCUGCUUUUAGAAUGUUGCCAUGUAAUAAUGUUUUGUUUUUUGACUUUCUUCCAUGUUGUUUGUUGGCCAUCCUCUUUUAAUGCCGCUUUUUUCCAGAUGAUUCUUGAUGAAGAAUGAAUUAUUUGCCUGCUUUUUUGUUGUUAUGUAGAUCAUGAUGCCCAGAUCUUGAUGGUUAUUUGAUCUAGUCAAAAAGUAGGAUUUUCAGACUGGAAAAUUUGUGGGCAACCCAGGUGAUUAAUGACUUUGACAUUUUUGCCUUUAUAUCUAUAUAUAUGUAUGUUGGAAAAAUUGAAAUAAUAAUUUAAACAUCAAAGGUGUCAAAUUUCUUCAAAUUUGUUUUGGGAUAUCUUUUGUAGUCGUAAGGGUUGGUUAAUUUUUUGAUCAUUUUGAACAUUUUGCUGUGCAUGUUCUUUGUCAGGUCGGUUCUGUCUAGAAACGGCGAACUUGUCUCUGUGAGCUCUCUGUGGCCUUUGUGUAACAAGAGGGCUCGGAGCUCUUUUUUAAGUGUUUCUUUUGGCCCAAUUUUCUUCCCUGAAAUGUUUGUAACAAAUAUUUGUGAAAUCUGGUCUCUUUGGGACGUCUGGAAUUUGAUUUCAGUGUGUCUAUUCUUACCACAGAAUGGGAGGGGAUUAAAUCUACCCAAGCUGGACCUCUUUGAAAGACUGCGCGGCAUCAGGUUAUGGUACUCUUUUCUUCUAGUUUAGUUAAAAUAUGAGAUAAACUUGUAAAGCGGGGAUGGACUAUUUAUAGGGGUGAGUUGCUUCAACUGCUGAAGAAGAUCUGGGCUGUUGUUGAGUUGCUCUUUUAGCUUUCCCAUUGGCCAUUUUUGCAUCGGACUUUAUAUUGCUUGCAGAGGCUGAUAAGGUGGUUGUGGGAUUAUUGGGUAGCUAAAGUUAUGAUCAAGCAGAUACUGAAUAGGCUGCCGCGGAAGCCAUCUAAAUCAGCGGAAAAUCGUGAUGGAGGAACCCCCACCUUUUCCUCAAAUACUUCUACUAGUUCAAGGAGCAGUGAUGUUUCGGGUUCUCGGUCUGGAAAUUCAUAUUCCUCGGCAUCUGUGGGUCCAGCUGCUGCCAGCGGUGUUUCUAAUUCGGGAAUAAAUCAUGUUAAUAAACUUCCACAAGCUGUAAAUGCUAAGGUCAAUGGCAAUUUAGCAGGAGUUUCACAUUAUGAGGCUUUGCCUAGCUUCAGAGAUGUCCCGAAUUCAGAGAAGCAAAAUUUGUUCAUCAAGAAGCUUAAUUUGUGUUGUGUGUUGUUUGACUUCACUGAUCCUACGAAAAAUUUGAAAGAAAAAGACAUCAAAAGACAAACAUUGGUGGAGCUCGUAGAUUACGUCACAUCUGCGAAUGGGAAGUUUUCCGAAACUGUCAUGCAAGAAAUUGUAAAAAUGGUAUCGACAAAUUUGUUCAGGACACUGGGUACGCAGCCCCGUGAAAACAAGGUGCUCGAAGCAUUUGAUUUGGAAGAAGAAGAACCACUUAUGGAUCCAGCAUGGCCUCAUUUGCAAAUUGUCUAUGAAUUUCUUUUAAGGUUCGUAGCUUCUCCAGAGACUGAUGCUAAAUUGGCUAAGAGAUAUAUUGAUCACUCCUUCGUUCUCCGAUUGUUAGACCUCUUUGAUUCAGAAGAUCCAAGAGAAAGGGAGUACCUGAAGACGGUAUUACAUCGCAUAUAUGGAAAAUUCAUGGUGCACCGCCCCUUUAUCCGGAAAGCUAUCAACAACAUAUUUUAUCGGUUUAUUUUUGAAACUGAGAAGCAUAAUGGUAUUGCAGAGCUUUUGGAAAUUUUGGGAAGCAUAAUAAAUGGAUUCGCCUUGCCAUUAAAAGAAGAGCACAAACUCUUCCUGGUUCGUGCGCUGAUUCCACUCCACAAGCCCAAGUGUAUACCUAUGUACCAUCAGCAGCUAUCUUACUGCAUUACUCAAUUUGUAGAGAAGGAUUGCAAGCUUGCUGAUACUGUAAUUAGGGGUUUAUUGAAAUAUUGGCCCAUCACAAACAGUUCAAAGGAGGUUAUGUUUCUUGGGGAACUUGAAGAGGUCUUGGAAGCUACUCAACCGCCUGAGUUCCAGCGCUGCAUGGUCCCGCUCUUCCGCCAAAUUGGUCGGUGCCUCAGCAGUUCACAUUUUCAGGUAGCUGAGAGGGCUUUGUUUCUAUGGAACAACGAUCACAUAGAGAACCUGAUCAAGCAAAACCGUAAAGUAAUUCUACCAAUUAUUUUCCCUGCCUUGGAGAACAAUGCAAGGAGCCACUGGAAUCAGGCAGUGCAGAGUUUAACGCUCAACGUGCGUAAGAUCUUCUCGGAUGCUGACCCCGAGCUCUUUGAAGAAUGUUUACUCAAGUUUCAAGAAGAUGAAGCUCGAGAAAAAGAGGUUAAGAUGAAACGUGAAGCCACAUGGAAACGCUUGGAGGAGAUCGCUGCAAUGAAAGCUUCAAGCAACGAACCUGUCCUUGUUCCUCGCAAAAUAACCCCCCACGCGCCAUCUGGCUAGAUAAUAUUGAAGCUUCACAUGAACUGUUUCCCUUGACUUUUCUGACUGGUGUGCUGACCAAGAAGUGGUGUUGAAGCUGUAAGGUGAGAAGGGUCCACCUCCCUUCUUGUACUUGAAAUUUUUUGGGUCAGUUUCCUGCGGUAAAAAGGAAACCUCUGCGCAACCAUAAACUGCUCUGAUACUGGUUUCCGGGGCAAAGAAAGACUGUAUAUAUGGAACUGGUUCAACAAAGUAGAUUGAUGUUUAUGGCCUGCAUUGUUAUCUGGAUGCAAAUUUCCUUUGCAAAAUUUCUGCUUUUUUGGUUAUUAGGUUUUAGUAUGGUGAUGACAUGGAAAAAAGGGCAUCAUUUUGGAUCAGGUAUUGGUUUAGAUAUUUUUUUUAAUAUGGUUCCAUUUGUGCGCUCUACAUGCAAUUCUAUAUAUGUGUAUCAUUGAAUGCGUUUGACAAAUGUUGCCUGAUGUGAUGAUUCUGUAGGUAUAAUAACUUGAAACUGUGAAUAAGCUUUGUCUUUGAAGCCAUUCUCUCUCUUAUGUUGCCUUGAUCACUUGGUUAUUUGGAAUUUUUCUUUUUUCCCCCACAAUAGGAGAAAAGCUCAGCCAAUUAUCCAUGGCAAUCAACGGAUAUUAACUACUUAUUUUGGUUUAAGUGAGAGGGGUUAUAAAGAAAAAGCCCCUUUCACCAGGAAAUUUUUAAAGUGAGUAGGAAGAUAACUUUUGUUUAAUUGCAUUUCGCGGAAAGAGCUGGAGUGCAC